CGACAACAUGUUGCGCUUCUUGAGCCGUCGCAAAGGGCGCAAUGCUGCCGCCGACACGGUCGACAGCCAGAUCAAGUCGCAGCGCAUCCCGACGAACAAGAAUUUGAUCCCGUGUCGCGUGAUACUGCUGGACAAUACGGAUCUUUCGGUGGAUCUUACGAAAAAGGCGAUGGCCAGCGAUCUGUACGAGCAGGUUUUCUAUUCUCUCGAUCUGAUCGAGAAAGAUUACUUCGGGCUACAGUUUACCGAUGCGAACAACGUGAAGCAUUGGUUGGAUCCUACCAAGGCGAUUAAAAAGCAAGUGAAAAUUGGCCCGCCGUACACAUUACGCUUGAAGGUUAAAUUCUACUCAUCGGAACCGAACACACUGCGCGAGGAGCUAACCCGGUACCAGUUUUUCCUACAGCUGAAACAGGAUCUACUUGACGGUAGAUUAGAAUGUCCCGAUCCUCAGGCAUCGGAACUGGCAGCUUUAGCCCUGCAGUCGGAACUGGGAGAUUUCGAUGAGACCGUACAUUCAGCGGCCACCGUAUCGGAGUUUCGUUUCGUGCCGAAUCAAACCGAAGAGCUGGAGAUCAUGAUACUGGAGGAGUACAAGAAAUGCCGGGGUCUAACGCCCGCCCAAGCGGAAACGAGUUUCCUCAACAAAGUCAAAUGGCUGGAUAUGUACGGUGUCGAUAUGCAUACCGUUUUGGGUAAAGACGGUUGCGAAUAUCAUCUUGGUCUGACGCCGACCGGAAUUCUCGUGUUCGAGGGAAUACAGAAGAUCGGCCUAUUCUUCUGGCCCAAAAUCGGCAAGCUAGACUUUAAGAAGAAAAAGCUCACGCUGGUUGUCGUGGAAGACGACGAUCAUGGACGUGAGCAGGAGCACACGUUCGUGUUUCGGCUACACAACGAGAAAGCCUGCAAGCAUCUGUGGAAGUGUGCCGUGGAGCAUCAUGCCUUCUUCCGGUUGCGGGCACCAGUGAAGGGCCCAUCAGCACGGCAGAACUUUUUUCGAAUGGGCUCCCGGUUUCGGUAUUCGGGCAAGACGGAGUUUCAAACCACACAGCAAAAUCGUGCCCGGCGGACGGUGCAGUUUGAGAGGCGACCGUCGCAACGCUUCGCCCGCCGUCAGUCGCACGUGCUCCGCGAACGCCAAAAGCAGCAAGCACCGCCAUCAUCAUCCGAUCUGCUGCACCAGCAGCAGUCUGCCGCUCAUUCUAUCAAUGUCGCCACCACCGCCAGCUGUUCUUCCGCCGACGAGGGCCAGCAUUCCACCUCCGGCACAUCGACUCCAUCCGCGAACACGGUGAUACACAACCAUAUGCCGGGUUCGGGCAGUAGUACCUCGGACAUUGGUGGAGCUGGUUUACUGUCGGUGGGGCUGAUGAAUGGCAAUCUACCCUCGCUGAGUUCAAACAAAUCCAUUUCGUCUAGUGAAGAUGUGGCUUAUGGUAGCAAGGUUGGAUCGUUCGGUAAGGCGGGUCUGUCGCAUUUACCCAGCAGCAGGUUUGAUGCAACGGAAGGUGCUAAACUUCCCGUCAUCGAGCAUGAAAUGAGCACCUUCGGACGGUUUGGUGGCGGUGGAACCACACAUCACGGUGGUGGUUCGUUUGGAAAGGCGUCGAUAAGCUCCGGAUUUAGCAUUCACACCACAGCGUCCUCCGAUCGUGAUAGUCAGAUCGAUACGCUGCUGAAAACGAUCGCCAAGGAUCCUUCGCCCUCGUUACACGGUGUGGAGCUAAACGAUGCUAGUAGCUUUAAGAUCACAAUCAACAAGACUUCUGAGCUAGAGACUAACAACGAUACGCUAAAGAAAUUGGCAACGUCACCACACGUGGAAAAGCCGAACAAUCAGAUCAAACUGUCGAACAGUGCGGCGGCUGCUGCAGGUGGUGGCGUUCCGUUACCUCCUGGGCAAAUCAAGUGCAAUAUUUUGAAGGCACGCGUUGAGGAAGAAUUGCAUCCGAAGCUUACUAAUCAUCAACUGUACGUGCCGAGCCAGCCACUUCACGAGGGUCCGGAGUCUUUGAAUGCAGCAACAUUUGUCUCGGUGGGUGGCGACAAGCUAACAUUAAAUCUAACCGGUACGACGACCAUACCUACGGGUGGUAGUAGCCAUACUACGAUUACGACCAUGAUUGCUUCUCCGAAAGCACCGAUCCGUACGGCCACAUCGCCAACGGGAGGCAGUAGCAGCUGUUUCCUACCGGGCCAACCGGUAACUACGGUAACCACGACUACCGGUGGUGGCGCAGGGAGCGUUAGCCAGAUGAGCACAGUUGAAUCGCCUACACUGCCAUUUACUAACGGCAUCGCUGCACUACCGGCACCAUCCCUUACGACUGACACCGUAACGGUUACACAUUUCUCCGAGCAGAAAGGUGGCAUUGUGGAGAAAAUCAGUGUUCCAACCAAUUCACCAACAUCGUCACCACUCGGCGGAUCGUUAGUUACGGUGGACGCGAACGGAACUGAAUCGGAAAUCGACAAAAUACUGCUUGCCCCUAUACGAAACAAUGCGAACAAUCCGUUCUUAAACAUGUCUAAUCCAUCGUCUCCGGUGCAACCGAAAUCGACCAACCCGUUCCACAACCUUUCGAACGUAUCCUCCUCACCUCCACCUGCCGGUGGGCAGGUAGAGGACGAGCAGAAUCUAUUGACCGAAACGUUAGCUGAAAUUGGUGGAGUAAAAAAUAGUCCAAUAGCCGCGGUAUGUCUGACCGAGUUUAAGAAUAGCAAUCCUUUCAAGAUGGAUGAAGCAGAGUUGCUUGUUAGUGAAAUGAAAACGAAAAAUAAUACACCCUAUGGAGCGUCCUCGAGUAAUGGCGAGACACGCCAAGGAUCAUCGACAACAAUGGCAGCAGUAUCGGCAACAAAAAUGGCAGCAGAGCGAGAUAUGAUUGAUAGCAAUGGGGUGGCAACGACUACUGCCACCACUGUCAUAUCGGGUGGAACUGCAAGCACUACAACUUUGAAGGAUCGAAUGAAGGAGAAUAUCAAACCCUCACCAAUGGACAACAUAUCGCCCUGGUUAGUAUCGUCCGAUGUGGUCAAUGGUCCGACCAAGCCCAAGGAGGCAACCAUUAUUCGCAAAUCGGUCAUUACAACGCAGUUGUAACGAAUAAUCCCUAGAAAGCGAUAGAGCGUAGUGUUAG